GCAAGCUGAACAAGCAACGGGAGAUUUCAAGCAAAUUCCCCAAUUCAUUAGUUGUUGCCGAGACCAGGGUGCUGAGGGUAGUCAAAGAUGAUGGCAGCACAGGACCCCAACAAGGGCACACCAUAUCACUUGUCACAGGGAGACGAGCCUGCAGUCUCUGGUACGAAGAGAAAGUUGAACGAACGUGAAGAGGGAGAGGAACCACACGCCUCCUUUAGAGUCGCUUAUGGAAAGAUAACACACGACGUGACGUUUUCUCUCAAUCGAAGCGUCGCAGAUCUUAAACAGACGAUAGCGACCGUUACAGGGGUUCACACAAACAUGCAGAAGCUGUUGUUCAAAGGAGUGUUAAAGGACGAUCAGACUUUGUCUGAGGCGGGGGUGAAAGAUGGGGUAAAGAUUAUGCUAAUGGCAAGCAAAGUUGAAGACAUUGUGAAAAUCGCGACUGCAGCGGCGGCAACGCCUGUAGUGGAUACAACAGUCUCAAAACCGCGAAUUGCACUAAGCGAACUUACAGAGCAUAAAAAGAUCCUUGACAAAGGCAAACCAGACGAUGCAGAGCCGGGAAUACGUGGAAGGCGACUACCGCUACCUCCAGGCGGGUUGAGAGCGCUGAUAAACUCGAGAGGGGCCAAAACACGGCUGACUUUCAAACCUGAAAUUGAUCAAUUGUGGAUUGGAACGAAUGAGCGUACACAGAAAGUUAAUCUGGGGAGCAUCAAAAAUGUGACAUCAGAGUCCAUCAAGGGACAUGAAGAAUACCAUAUUGUUGCCUUGCAGUUGGGACCUACAGAUAAGUCAAACUAUUUCCUAUAUUGGGUACCCGCGCAGUUUGUGGAAAGCAUAAAAGAUGCCGUGUUGGGUCCUUUUCAAGGAUGGCUUUGAUUCUGUAGUUGUUUUGAUUUUUUUGUACAAUCCCAUGCAUUUAUUUGGUAUCCUUUCUUAAAUACCAUCUAUGGAUACGGCAUCCUGGCAGUCGUAUCAUCUGGAAGUUCUUGUCAUCAAAUUGAAUCACGUGUCUCACGA